AUAAAGCCCCGCCGAAACGUUACGUCAUGGGCUGAGUCCAGUAUGUCACGUGGCAAGUAACAAAGAUUUGACUAGCGGCUAGUGGAGUGUCGGACGUUAUUCUUCGGCUAAUGUAAAAGGAUUUAUAGUGAAGAAAUGAAGACCAGAAUAUCACCAAAAAUCACUGCACAACCAACAAGAGGACUUGUGGAUGAAAAGAUAUACAUCCGUGUUUCAAACUUGAUUCCAAACGAAAAAAUCACCUUGCGAUGUUUACUGCUGUCUGAAGAUAAUGACUUCUGGCAUGCAUAUGGACUGUAUAUCAGUGAUGACAAAGGAGUGGUAAAUGUUGCUGAAGAUGUUUGCCUAGGAGGAUCAUAUACUGGUACAGAGCCAAAUGGAUUAAUUUGGAGUUUAAAACCAGUUCCUGGAAGCAGACCUGCUCUAAGAUUAAGAAAACACAAUGUAUUUACUCCUUUUCUAUUAAACAUCUCUGUGCAUAAAGGGCACAUAAAUGGUGAUUUCAAAGACGCAUCGUCCUUAGCUCUUACUGUAAUAGAACGCUGGUACAUUUCUCCAGGAGUGUCCAGAGUAGAAAUUAGCGAGAAUUAUAUUCAUGGAACACUUUUCCUUCCACCAGGUCCUGGACCAUUCCCUGGAAUUUUAGACUUAUGGGGAGGAGGAGGUGGACUAGUGGAAUAUCGUGCUGCACUGCUUGCGUCUCAUGGUUAUGCUUCUCUUGCUUUGGAGUACAUGUCCACUCAGAAUACUUCAAUAAAUGUUAACAAUAUUGGCAUUGAGUAUUUUGAGGCAGCAAUUCACUUCCUUAAGAGCCAUCCCAGAGUUUCAAGUGAACAAGUUGGUAUUUUUGGCCUGUCAUUUGGAACAUCAGUGGCUCUUAAUAUUGCAGCUAAAGGAAACAGGAUUAGUCCUAGAUGUUUGGUUUGUAUCAGUGGAAGCCAUGCUGUUAAAAUUAAUGGUACCAUUGGUGACGUUUUUACAAAUUUGAAAGAAGAAGGUGGAAAAAUAAUGGUUGAUGAAAAUAAUCACUUCAUUUGGAAAGAACUUAUUCUUCCAAGACUAGCUGAUCCAAGUAAGAAAGUUAAAGUGGGAAACAUAAAGUGUCCUCUUUUGUUGAUUGCUGGCAAUGAUGAUCAGAAUUGGCCUACUGUUGAUUCUGCUAGAGAUAUGGAGAAUAUGAUGAAGGCAGCUGGAAAUGAACAUCUGUUGACCACACUAAUUUAUCCUAAAACUGGGCAUCUUAUAGAACCUCCCUACAGUCCCCAUACUCGUUUCAGCAAUUUUAUUUCUGCAUUUAACCAAGAGAAAGUUGUGGUGUUAUGGGGAGGCCAACCAAAGGAGCAUUCAUUUGCACAGGAAGACUCUUGGGAGAAGAUUUUACAUUUUUUAUACCAUCAUCUGUAUAGUUCUAGUAUUGGUUUAUCUAAAUUAUGAUCAUUUUCAGAAGUAGUAACAAAGUCAAGCUAAAAACAAACAUACAUGUACCUAUGCAGUUUCUACAUAGCACUGAGCGAGAUCUCAGUUUUUUUUUUUAAUUGAUUUUAUUGAAAUCACACAUUUUUCCAUACAAAUAGAUCAAUUUUACAAAAAUAGGAUUGAAAACAAAUCAACUCCCACCCCCUGAAACUUUUCUCUUUUUGCUUCUAGAAAAAGUUUUGUUGAUUAUGAUAAACAGCUUUAAAAUACAUAUAUACUAUCAGAUUCACUGCAUCAUGUAGGAAUUUGGAGAAACAUACAAUUACCUUUAAUUGAAUUUAGUGUACUUAAACUCUUAAUGAUGAUGACAUGUUGCCUUACUUCAAUUGAGAUAAAAAUGUUUUGCUGCUGGUUUUUGUUUGUACUUGGAAUCUGAUGCUUCUACUUUCAGUAUCCAAAAAUAGUUGGGUAGCGGUAAUGUGUUCCACUCACCCUCAUACUGCAUUUUCAUCUUUGCAGUGUCCUGGUGAAAUCUUCCGCCAUGUUCAUUACUGGCAAGUAAUCCGAGAGUGAAUACAGGAAAAGAAUCUUUAGUGACAAGUUGCACUUCAUUGUUUUGUAUGCUUCAAGCAUAUUGUCAACCACUUGGGCAUAAUUUGGUGCUCUAUAGUCGGGAAGAAAAUUCUCAACAUCAUACUUGAAUGUCUUGCUUUAGUUUUCUCUAGCCCCACUAGCAUCUCUUCAACGUAUUUGUCAUUGAUGACCUGUUUGAUUUGUGGACCAACAAAAAUUCCAGUUCAUGUAAAAGAUCUGUUUUGCUGUCAACCUACAUAAAGAAAUUUGUCAAAUUCUUUUGGUGAUCUAAAUGACAGAAAUUUUCAUACCUGACAACAACAAACUCCAACCUUGUGGUUUUGAACCAAGUAGUUCUAGUUUUGUUUUUGACAAACUCAAGCCCUUGCCAGGUCAUUUAAUUCUGACUGUGUUAUUAGUUGAAACUCACUAUACAAAGGCUGGAUCCCUGUCAUUUUCCACAUGCAUUGUAACAUCUUUGUGUAUUGCAUCUACUGUAUGUAACAUGUCUGUGGUGGCUUUGGUACUGACAAACUGCCAUCAUGCAGCAGUGGUCUUAUGGCUGAAGGCAGAUUGGGGUAUUAAUAGAUUUCUAGCCAGAAAUGUAAUAGAAUGCAUAGCAGCUGUUGCAGCAUUGCUGAGAUAUUUCUGCUGUAACACAUUAUUCUCUCAACAAUAAAUGCUAAGUAUGCAGUGUGUGCUAUGCCUGUAGAACAUGUGCAUGUGCAUGCAUGUAAACUGAUAUAAAUGUAAUGCAAAACAUCUGUGCAUGGGAGCUGCUUUUAUAGCCUAUCCUGACUAAGUACAGUAUACACGGGUAGGCCUAAACCUAAGCAUAUCCAUUGCAUGUUUGGUGCAACUUGCACUGAGUGGAUGUCCGGGAAUGCCUGGGCUAAACAAAAUAGUUUGCUUUGUGGGCAACAUAAUAGUAGAUUUAAAAUAUGAGAGAAAAUCACAAAAAUGGGUGAUUGUAAUAAUACAGUAUGUGAUAGGACAAUUUAAAAGUGAUUUUUGUGAUCAGUAGGCCAUAAUCCAUAAGAUAUAUAAAAAACUGUUCAGGAAGCAGCAUCUUCAUUAUCUAGUGUAGUUAUAAUUGAAUCAUAAUUGUCUGCUUUGUUACUUUUUAAUUGGAAAUUGUCUCUGUAAUAAUUAUACAAUUUUUAUGUGUCAUAAUCUGUGAACAUAAAUAUUUUGAACAAAAUAUAACCCAGCUUUUUUCUUCUUUUUGUUUCUGAAUAAGUACAUUUUUCCUGAAGAGUCUUAUACUGUUGAUUAAAUGCUUGCACUGUUACAUUUUUAAACCUUUCAAGAGUAUGUGUUAAUUUUCAUUUGGCUCUAAUGUGAUUCAGCUAUGACCUACAACAUGCUGCUGAUCUGUGUAGCCUUUUGUUAAAGCCUGGAAUGCUACAAGGGAGUGCAUUUUUAUUUAAUGUGAAACAAGUGAUUUUGUGAAGUAGUAUACCAUUUACAAAUAACUGUUGAUUCUUAAAAUUAAAAUAAAGUGAGAGAUUACUAUUUUGAAGAUUUGCCAACCUUACCACCUACUGCAAAUGUAAUAAGUCAUUCAGUUAUGAGGGUCAUUAAAGUACUAACUGCAGAAAGACAAAAUCGCCAUUCUCCGUUGAAAUUAUCUAAACAUCCAUCUGGCAAUCCUGCACGUGUAGUACCCACAGGUUAAAUAAAGUUUACAUGUUUUACUAUUUUAUGCAAUGUGUUACAAAUGCAGUUUUAAAUUGGUUCCCUAAGGCCUCCCUCAAAUAUACACUUAUCUUAAUGUUGUGUUCUAAAAGCUGUUUGAAAAGUUUGCGAAAAAGGAUAAUCCAAUUAAAUUUCAAAUCUUAUUUUAGAUAAAAAUGUCAAACUAAAUGAGAAAAUUCUGUUCAGCUCUUGCAUGAUUUAUAGUUUUGUGGCCACCAUGCU